CGUCCUGCAUCCGCGUUUUACCUUCGUGAACAUGUCAAAGGCUAUCAAGGGUAGGGCUCACCUUGUGCGGCUUAUAGUACCUGCAGGCAAGGCCACCCCAUCACCCCCCGUGGGGCCAGCGCUUGGUGCGCGAGGAAUCAAGUCGAUGGACUUUUGCAAGGAGUUCAACGCCCGUACGGCCCACAUCGAACCAGGUGUACCCGUCCCAGCAAAGAUAUCCGUGGAGGCCGACCGCACGUUCACCUUCGUCACCAGAACCCCGCCCACCGCGUACUUUCUCAAGAAAACCGCAGGCAUAGAGAAAGGGACUGGCCGCGCCGGCCACGAAACGCUUGCGACCAUAAGUCUUAAGCACGUAUACGAGAUAGCGAAAAUAAAGGCCACAGAUGACCAUCUCAAGCAUCUCAAGCUCGAGGCUAUCGCAAGGACGGUGGUUGGAAGUGCAAGAAGCUUGGGGAUUCAAGUUGUGCCGUGACAGGUCAUACGUCCUACGAGUAGCCUAUGGACAGGUUUUCAUUAGAACUGUAGAG